GAUAUUUCGUAACGCAACGAGUUAAAUGUGGCGUUUAUGUGUUCGUGAUAUCGUCAUUGUAUCUCUCUGUGUUCCCCGAUUCGAUCCGGCCGCGCAGCAAUCCGAGGAUCUCGGGGAAUACGUAGGCAAACCCACCUUUACAUGUCCGAAGUGUGGAAAGGGCUAUGCGUGGAAGGCGAGCCUUCAGCGUCACCUGAGCACUGUAUGUGGCACACCACCCAUGAUUUUCUGCAAUCUCUGCGGAUACAAGACCAGUCGUAAGGACGUUCUCUUCAGGCAUAUGCGGCACGUGCAUCCGAGAUCACAGUAGCGCAACAAGGAGAAAGGCGCCGAUCGAAAGACAUUCCAAUCUAUGGAUGAUCCAUAUCAACUUCAAAGCACAAUGGAACUCGCAAUGUGAAUUAUGCAUUUCUCAAUUUUGUGCAGUCGAUGCAUAAUACAGUCUCAACUGAAAUAUAUUAGAUGCUAUAUUAGACGAAAAUGACUGAAGUCUAGUCUACAGACAC